ACGCGGUUCUAAUCACUUUUGUCCGAAAAUGGCUUACAUCAACGAGAGUGACUGCCUUCAGGUGCUUCAGGCCAAGCUAGGCUUCAACGACUUCGAGCUCGACGAUUACAAACUCGUCCCUUUCGAAGAGAUCAGGGGCUUUCAUGGCAGUCACGCUCUUCUCAAAAUCCACGCCACAGUCGAAGGUGAAAAACGCGCAUUCAGCUUCUUCGUCAAGUCUGCGGCCAACAACGAACUGGUGUUCGAGAGGUACUGGAGCCGAGCCAAACUGUUCGCCAAAGAACACUUGAUGUUGACGAAAAUCAUAAAGGAUCUCCAAAAGCAAAUCCCGAGGAAAUUGACUGCGGAUUGCUACCUCUCUAAAUUGAACCAGUUCGUCGUUAUGGAGAAUCUCAGCCUCGUGGGUUACGACACGGCCAACAUCAAGGAUAUGGACAUGCCCCAUGCUGAAGCUGCCAUUCGAACCUUUGCCGAUUUCCACGCCGCGUCUAUCAUCUUCGAAGAGAAAAACGGACUCACCUUUAGAGAUAAGUACAAAGAUAUCAGUUUUGAAUCGUUCUUCAGAUUCGAUCCGGAAAGAACUGAAUGCUUGUUGUAUUCAGCUGACAAAGGAGUAAGGGACGUCGUCGAAAAAUACUUCCAAGAUUUAGACCAGAAAAUUAUCAACGACGUGUUGGAUAAAGCCGCCGCAGCUGCUGAGAGACUCGCGAAACCAUCGGGAAAAUACAGGAAUGUCAUCUGCCAAGGGGACCCUUGGGGAAACAACCUUCUCUACAAGUACAAAAACGGAAACCCGUCUGAGGCCAUCGUGGUAGAUUUCCAGGCACAAAGGUACGCCCCGCCAGCGCUCGAAAUUCAACAGUUCCUCCACCUCGGAGCUUCGACUGAAUUUGUGAUUAAACACGGCGAGGAGGUCAAAAACAUCUACUACGAUCAAAUGACGAAAACGCUUAAACAUCAAAACAUCGACGUGGCGCGUAUCUUGCCGAGAGACGUAUUCGAAGAAUCCUACAGAUACUAUGAAGAAUUCGGAAUAGCCACAAGGCUUUAUUAUGCCCUGUUGACGAAAAUUCCGGGCGAAUACUUAUUAAAAUUAGCCGCUGACGAAAAGGAAUUCUUGUCCCUGAUGGUCGACGGUACUUCUUCGGUUCCUUUGGAGGCUUUCGAGAAGCACAGCAGAUAUCGGCAAACAUUGACUGAAGCUAUAAACGGGGCCAUCAAGUUCUACGAAACACAUAUUUGAUUUAACAUCGUUUACAAGUCAACUCUCGUGGAGGAGUCGGAUUCAUAUCGUCCUUAUCAUAAUUUAUUGUCUAACUUGGAUGACCUGUUCACCCAUCCUAUUACACCCCAAUAAGUAACCUUUUCCACAACGUCUUAUUUUUCCUUUCUGACAAUCAAUUCAUGCGUAUACCAAUAAACUUCUCUUUUGAAAAA